CAAUGCCAAUGCGAAAUCGAUACUUUAUCCUGUAGUGUGCUAUAGUUUACAGCUUGACGAAAAAUAUCACGGAGGCUGUCUCUAGUAGGACAAUUAGGCUACAAUGCUUAGAAGAGAAACAUCUCAGUCCUAUCAAGAGUUCAAUGACGAUGAUGGUGCAGAGCCCGCAGAAGCUUAUCAGAAUUGUGCAGACGACAAGGAGGGGUCUGAGGCCGACGGGUCUGCUCCGCCUGAGGAUGAUCCCACUGAGACCAACCCCUUAUUGGCAUUCAACAAGGGUUGCCUGAAGAGUGUUUUUUCAGUCAUUCUUAUCCUUAUAUACCUUUCUCUGACAGCAGGUGCAGCGUUUUUAGCCUAUCAAACAAUAUCUGAUUUCAUGGAAAAACUUAACCACCCUGUUAUGUCAGUCAGAUACAAAGAGGUAGAUGAAUUUGACUCCCCAGGUAUUGCUCUCUAUCCUGGAAAGGCCAAGUUGUUAAGCUGCAGGCAUCACUACCAUGACCACAUUCCUCCACGGGUGUCUCUUGGGGAAUUUGAAGAGGGGGACUGUACAAUGGAGGAGGUCACCUACACAGAUCCUUACUCCAACUACACCAAGAAACAAGCCUUGGUGGUCCAAGGCCCUACUGAUGUCCAGGACCGGGAACUCAUUUUUCUGCAGUUCAGUCAGAAUGAAACCGAGGAGGAUUUUAGUGCCAUCAGUUACAUGCUAUUUGCCAAAUACAAAGACAUGUCCAGGAGCUUGGACAAGCAAAAGUUUAUGAGAGACUGUGAAAGAAACUACUCUAUGUGGACUUUCUCUGGAGGAUUUCGGACCUGGGUCAAGAUGUCUUUAGUCAAGACAUCAGGGAGAAGAAAUGAAUCUGUGGAAUUUCGCCAAGAGUCCAGUGUUGUGAAGUACAAUGACAGAAGACCAGUUGCAGAGAAAACAAAUGAACUUUUCUUCGUCGUGUUCCAGUGGCGGGAUCCAUUUAUACAAGAAGUGAAAGCUAUAGUCACAGCAAACCCUUGGAACACGUUUGCCAUUCUUUGUGGAGUCUUCAUGGCUCUUUUUAAAGCUGCUAACUUCGCAAAACUCUCUGUUCACUGGAUUAAGAAAAUUCGCAAAAGGCACCAAAAGGGCAAGAGAAGUAGAGAGCUAAACCAAAUUAGCUGAUUUGUUACCAGGUAGUAGAACACAAAAUGGUAUAUUGACUUCCUACAACUUAAUGAAGAUACAAUCACGUCAUCGAUCAAUCAUCAUUGAAAAUUAUGUUUAUGCAAUGUGGAUAUUUAAUAAUGAUAAAUAUUUUAUUUUGCAUUUCAGACCCAGUUUGGCAUGUUAAUAUGGAUUCUGGCAAAUUCCAUAUUUAUUUAAUUACAUUACCUCACUGGUAUACAUGACCGUUAUAUAUAUUAGGCCUGACACAAAAAGUUGAAUCUGCGAAUGAAUGGUAUGAGUAAAAUGAGUAUUCAUUGUUCAUGAAUAGAAAUACUUAUUAAAAGGAUCACUUGCUGCUUUAACGAAAGUUCACAUUAUUAACAAGCCAAACAUACUCUGUAUGGUAAACAAAAAUGAAUAGCAGCGACAUAAUAUAUGCCUGUUGAUGUGUCUGCAAAAGAAACUGCGAUCUGAGUUAAAGGGAUAAAGGGAAGUGAUACUGUCCUGAAAAACUGCUUGUAUAUAUGUUUCCUUUCAACACUGUUUAUUAAAACCCAUGUUGGAUUAAAA